GAAGAGGACGAGGAAGAGGACGUCAUUGACCCGCGCCGAAGGAGAAAACGUGUGAAGAAAGAAGAAGAAGGGACAGACGAACCCACGUGAACGUGUGAGAGCAUGGCACCAAUUCAGGAGCCGGAGAGUCAGCUGGCUCAGAGGUUAGCCUCCAACGAGAAGGCCAUCCGGACCAAGGCUGUGAAGAAACUGCGGAAAUACAUCAGUGCCCGCUCCCAGAGAGCCGCAGGCGGAUUCACAGGAGAUGAACUCCUCAAGCUGUGGAAAGGUCUUUUCUACUGCCUGUGGAUGCAGGACAAACCACUGCUGCAGGAGGAGCUGUCAAACCAGAUCUCCGCCCUGAUCCAUAGCUUCCAUGACAUCGACAAACAGCUGAUGUACCUAGAGAGCUUCCUGCAAACCUUUAAACGGGAGUGGACCGGGAUUGACCGGCUGCGGAUGGACAAGUUCUACCAGCUGGUUCGCUUUAUGUUCAGACAAAUGUUUGAAGUCCUGAGGAGGAGAGGUUGGGAGAGCAGCGCUAUUGGGAAUUUUUUGGAGCUGCUGAAGUCUCAUCUCCUGCAAAAUGAGAAUGAGGCACCCUCUGGGCUCCUGUUACACAUUCUGGACCUGUACAUAAUUGAACUGGCAGCUGUUGGUGCAGCAGAGCUCACUGCUGAUCAGAACCUGACUUUUAUAGAACCGUUCUGCAGGAAAGCAGCCAAAACCAAGAACCGAACACUCUUUAGCGCCAUCUGUAAAAGCUUUUUCAGCACCAUCAUUGAUCAGGCUCCUUUUGCUGUAGAGGAUUUAAUGAAAGAGGUGAAAACAGCUGAGGUCUCAGACUCGGAUUCAAGGCGGGAGUCUAAGGAAGAUGAGGACAAACAGGAGGAAGAUAACAGAAAGAGCAGAGCAGUCAGUAAGGACGGAGCUGAGAAGCAGAUCAACGGGAGUCAUUUGAAGACAGAAGAAGAGAGUGAUGAUGAGCUGCUUCAUUUGGAUGACUCUGACACUGAACUGCCAGAUGAAGAUGUUGGACCAGUUCUACAGUUUGACUAUGUUGCUCUGGCAGACAAGCUGUUUAAGCUGGCAAGUCGGAGCAGCACACCCGGCCAUAACAGACAGAAACUCUACAAAGUCAUCAAAGUGCUGCGAGAUCUCAGUGAAGGCACAUUUCCACAGGAUGAAUAUCCAGAGGAGGUUUCCACAGAUGAGGAUGAUGAUAUGUUUGGCAGUAGGAAGAGGAUGAAGAGAGCAGCUCGCAGGAAUGAGGAAGGGAAACCAGCAGAGAAGAUGCGCAAAGCUGACACUGGGGGAAAAGGGGAGGCACUCGGUACAAAACCUGUUGAUGUGCUUGUUAAAAAUGAAAAGAUGAAGAAAAAGAAGAAGAAGAAAACUGAGAGCCAUGAGAGUGACGCAGACCCAAAAUCUGUGGAUUGUUUAGAAGAUUCGGUAAAACAAAGACCACUUCAAUGCUCCACUUUAGAGCCUCCAUUAGAAACACAGCUCCAGCAUUCAGUUGGAAGAAAGCUUCAAGCAGAAUCCUGCACCACUGGUAGUAAAACGCAGUUAAGAAAGGAAAAAGGACACUUUACCUCUGAACCUGUGGUAACAGAAAGAGAGGAGCAGCAGCAAACAUCUGCUAAGUCAAAUACAUCCUCUGAAACGCCAGCUCCAGUCCCUGGGAAGAAGACAAAGGGCCUGAAAGCUGAAGCUGAAACAGGCCUCUUACCUGUGAGCAGUGAGGCAUCAGGAGACAGAUGUCCUGCAGCAUUGGCUGAGGCUAGUGCUCCAACUUCUGCCAAGAACAAAAAGAAGCAUGGGAAGGUUGAGGCCAAGCUUGGAUGUGACCUGCCAAUGAAUGAUGUGAGCAUAACAACAGAGGUCAAACCAGCAGGCUCUGAUGAUGCAUCAGGAGAUGAUCUAAACCCUAAACUCAAAAAGAUUCCUGACACUGCAGUUUCAGCCAAAAAGAUGCACAAGAAGAUUCAGAAGAUCCAAGAGGAACAAAAGGUUGUGACUGACACAGCUGUGGUCAGUUCAGGAUCCACUGAUGGUGAAAUCAAAUCUGAGGUGCAUCAUAAAAAGAUUACAAAGAAGAAGGGCAAGGGGGAAGUGAACACUGACCAGAACAAAACCAAUCAGACAAUCUCUGACUUCCUACCUGCAGGGGAAUGCACUCCAACACCUGUGAAAAGGAAAAACAACCAGAAAGGAGAAAAGAUGACUGAUGUGUCAGAAAGUCCUCAGCUGAAUGCUGGAAAAACACAACAAAUGCAGAAAAACACAAAGACUCUGAAUUUGGCAGCUGACCAGAUGAAUGAGGUUGGGGAAAGCAGUGCAGAUCCAGAGCAACCAUUAGUCGAAGCUGAGGUGAUCAGGUCUUCUGAGAAAGCAGCUAAGAAGAGGAGGAGGAAGAUCCCUGUGGAAUUUGAGUUUGAGGCAGAUGACUUGGAAGGAACCACUGGAGUCAGAAGCAUCACUGAAGCAAAGUGCAUGACCAAGAAAACCAAACUGAACAAUGAUGUCAGUGAGCCGUCUAUUCCACAAGGCCUGAAAACGUCAAACAAGAAGAGCAUCUCCAGACUGUCAGGUUCAGAUUUUAUCACCUUUCAGAGAAAAGCUGCUGUUCCAACACCUCUCUACUGUAAGACUAUGGGCAGCCCAAGUACUUCCAGUACGAAGAGGCAGCUAACCCCCAGAUCAGAAUCAAAGAAGGUCACCUUUGGGCUGAAGAAUAAUAAAACUGCUGAGUUCAAGAAGACUGAUCGCAGUGUGCUCCUGAGUCCAGAUGGUUUGGCCCGAGUGCCAUUUGACCCACAGCAAAAACCAAAGUUUGGGGUCCUGAAGUCUCCGCCCAACACAGUAUUCAGUGGCUACAAGAAAAUACCUAAGAGCACCAAGAAGACCCUUAACAGAUCGAAGAAGACCAGAGCCAAAUCUCUGCCAAACACACCCAAAAGACGACCUUUGGCUGCAGACUUUUUUUAACUUCCUAAAAGACUGUAGAGAAACAUGUUCUUUGUGAACACAUUGAUACAAUCAAUUUAGAGUUUUGGUAAAACAUCUCUAUUUUUGUUUAUCUAAACAAACUGUUGCAUUUAACCUGAUUUGAGUGACUCUGUGUUUAAAUAAAGUUACUCAUUCAUUCCA